CCUUUCUUUCUCUUGUCAAAUACUGUAACAACAACAACGACGACGACAUUCCUUUUCUUUCCACCGCCCUCACUCACCUUCGUCUUCUUCCCUUCUUCACUCCAAUGAUUCCGUUUCGAAUCCCAUUUUCGCUUUGAUUGUUUCUUUCCUUCUUUCUUUGGUUUCCAAUACAAAUAGAGAGGAAAAAGACGCAGCAAAUGCCAGCACAGAAGCGUUCUUCCGAAGCCGUCAGCGCCAACACCGCACUAGAAGACGACGAUCCUAUGCUUCUUGACCACUGUAACAACCAUGAACAACACCGGCAAGAAACCGAGGAUGCUGCUGCUGAUGAAUCUGAUCGCAGCCCUUCUCCUUGUAACGAACAAAACCAAGGAUAUGUUCUAGUAAAGUUGUCUGACAUACGCAAAGAAGUACAAUGCCCAAUCUGCCUAGGGAUCAUUCGCAAAACAAGAACUGUAAUGGAAUGCUUACAUCGCUUCUGUAGAGAAUGCGUUGACAAAUCUAUGAGAAUGGGGAGCAAUGAAUGCCCAGCUUGCCGCACACAUUGUGCUAGUCGCCGGUCUCUGAGAGAUGAUCCUAACUAUGAUGCCCUAAUCGCAGCCUUGUAUCCAGAUAUUGACAAAUAUGAGGAAGAGGAAUUGACUUUUCAUGAGGAGGAGAAAGCUCGGAAUAAGCAAAUCCAAGCUUCCAUUGCCCGGACCUUGCAUUGGCAAUCAGAAGUUCUGGGUAGGAAACGAACAGUUAAAGCCACUGCAUCUGCAAUUAUAAGGAGAUCAGCAUCAAUAUCGAGGAAAAAAUAUCAACCUUCUGAACCUCAAAAGUCCAAUGAUAAUGGGGAUGCCAUUGAAAAUGGAAGCAGAGAUUCAUCUUCGGCCAAUGAAAACCAUACUGAAGUCAAACCAAAGAGAUCGAAGGGAUGGGAUGGUCGGUUUUCUCAGCGUUCUUCAGCUCCUAGUGCAGAUGGGGUUGGUGACAAAAAUGAUUCUGAAGUGAAUAGAGAAUCCUUGGGUAUAUCUGCAGCACUUGUUUGCCCCUCAGAAAGGCUUCACUUGGGAGCUGGCGGCAUGCGAAGUCACACACCAGAUGGCAGUUUGAGUGGUGACGAAAAUGAUUCUGAAGUGAAUAGAGAAUCCUUGGGUUUGUUGGCAGCACUUAGUGGCCUCUCAGAAAGGCUUCAUUGGGGAGCAGGCGGCAUGCGCAGUCACACAAGACAUGGCAGUUUGACUGGUGGAAAUGGAAAGAAUCCUCGAAACAGCCGCCUCUCUAAGUUGGUGGAUUGUCUCCGAAACCUAGAGGAGAAGGAUGAUGAGCUGGAUAUCCACCUGAUGCUUGUUUCAGUUGACGAACAAAGAAUACCCAGUUUACAGCGGCCUUACCUGUGCUGCAGGCCUACUUUGUUGGUUAGACAGCUGUGCAAGUAUGUAGCUCUGCAAACUGCUUUGCAAGCAAGCGAAAUUGAAAUACAACUGGUAAAAGAGUUCCAUUCUAUGGUCAACAUAUCAACCUUUACGAUUACCAAGCCCGGUUUAGUGGAAUCAGUCAGAGAUAAGUUGCAAGUUUUAAAAGAGGAAGAAACUUUGGCAGGACUUGGAAUGCAAAAUUCCAGUCAUGGCCACCUGCUUCUGGCAUAUCAGAAAAAGUAGGAGAAUUCAAGUUGACAAUGCCUAGUUUACUGCCAGCUUUGUCAGACGACAAGAUGUUACACAUAGCUCGUACAUAGUAUAUAUGUAUAUAAAUAUAUAUAUAUACAUAUAUAUGCUCUAUGUACAUUACUGAAUCCAUUGAAUCUGAAAUAGAUCCGGUUGCCUGUUACCUUGUGCUGCAGUAGUUUAUCUCAUGCAAACAGGGGAAAUUUAGGAUUGCACUAAGGAUUAGCAUUUCGGAAGCAGAUGUGUAGAAAAUGAUUGUGAUAAUUAAAUUUAUUUAUUAUGCUAUUACCUUGUGAUUUUUAUUGAACAUUUUCUUAUGCAUAAAUUAAACACAA